AUGAGUGAAAUCGUCGCUGAUAGUGCCGCUACACCAAAUCACGUUGAAAAGAAAAGUCAUCGGAUUCAAGUUAGACUACCACCUCCGAACUUUAGUCAAGCUGAGCUACACAGCAGUGAGAAACGUACCUCCAAAGGGACUCCACAAUCCAACCUUUGUGAAACUCAACAAGUGGGCAUCUUAAGAGGUUUAUCGGCUUAUACGAAACCGUAUCAAGAACGUGAUGACAUCUUGAAACAUCUCGCCGCUGCUUAUUUGUUUACUAUUCUCAAGUCACCACAGAAUUGGGUACCAAAAACGUUUACCGAAAUUGUUGAGCUCGAGUCCACGAUCGCGAACACCCCACUCGAGACAAGACUACCGAUUCACCGGAACGAUAAAACAUACUACAUCCACCUCUCGAACACGCUUGUUAAAGGACGGUUCGUUACACAACAGCAACGAUCAGCCAAAGUACAUUUAUAUAUAAACCAAGCAUUGACGCGAAUUAAGCGUGGAAAGGCUGCUAUUUUGAAGUGUGAUUCGUACUAUUUCCUCAUCCGUCGGCUCGUAACUGGCUGGUACUUCUACACGAUGAACCUGCAGGACAAACCGGCGCUGAUGUUCUUCAGUUGCCCACAGUUGAUGGUGGAUCUUGUGCGAGAGUCAUACGGUUGUACCGAGCAGUCGAAAUAUUUUCUUUCCAACAUCGUGCUACACACGGUCGAGGAGGGUGACGUGACCAGGAUUGUGUGGAAGAUGAAGCCUAGCAUCGGUAUGAAACUAAUCUCUCCGAUGGAAGCCAUUCUGCACGGCAAUAUUUGUUUGGCACGCCCCAGUCUGGAACGAUCACUUGAAAUUGGUCUGAAUGUUUUGGAACGGGCAGGAAACGAUCACAAGAAGCCACGCUCCUGGGAUAAUAAGCUGCUGAACGAAUGUUUCAAACGCACUCAAGAGCAUUGGAAGGUGUCAGAGAAGAUGGCUGCCUUUAUACGCGAUAAAAACGAUCCACGAUAUACGGUUGGAGGUUAUGAAUUAACCUGCCGUACGUCUCAAAUAGGACAUCGUCAGCGCAAACAUUUUGAGGAACUCGUUAACUACUUGCUCGCUUCCUGUAACGCUCUGCUGGUAGUUGGGUUGGACUGUUCUUUUCUAUUAUGGUCCAGAGAUGACUUUAUCUACUGGUUUAGUCCCUACCGGUACAGUGCCAUACACGAAAAACCAGAAAUUCUACAAAGCCGAGCCAGUUUCUUACACAUGACUAAUGCACUUGCCAAAGCGUCAAAUUCACUGUUUGAAUAUCUAUUCGAGCUUGGCGUUUUCCCGGAUAACAACAUCGAGUUGUUCCCGGUGCGUGUUGAUGAUAGAACUCCACACACUCCCAUUCCCGACGAAGAUGAGGACUCGCUGGAAGAGGAAGGUCUUCCCAUACCACCUGCUAGUGAUAGAGGUUGGACGAACUUCUACGCACCGUCACUGCACACACCGUCCGAGUUGCGGUUAGCGAGACAGAUGUUGGAUAUGGUGUACCGCACUGCCGAAGAUCGGUGUGACUGA